AUGGGUGUUACGAAUUUUAAGAAACAAUCUGAUCUUUCGGAUCCUGCAAUCAAGAAAGCCUCUGUAGUCAGAAAAUCAAUUCCACAGAUGCUGAAAUCAGAACCAGUGACCAUUCCUGAACAGUCGCCUUUAUCAAGGUUAUUUAAGAGGCAUGGGAGUCAGUCCUUGAUCCAAACUAAUUCUGAGACAGGCGACACAGAAAUGGAUAGUAUGUGUUCUAGAGAUACGGUGGCCUUUAAGGACUCAAUAACCUCUAUGCCGAGUAACCAGCGAUUUAGAAGUAGUACAGUUCCUGCUAACUUAAAUCAGAUGGUCUGUAAGUCGGACUACAAUAAAUUGUUAUCGCCGAAAUCUGGAGAGAUAGUUAACGAUCUGUGUUCACAUAUCGAGUAUAAUAAUGAUGGGUUAACGUUUGAAGCAAUUGCACAUUUAACAGAAGAUAAAAAAAAUAGUCCUGGCUCAGAAGACUUAGCAGUAGCUGAAGGUGAUAGAAAUGAAGAGAGCGACGCAGCCACGGAAGGGAUUAAUUAUCCAUCCUUGCUUAUGUCGCCAAUGGUUUUUCAGCGGUCUUCUGUUCCCUCUGAGACCUUAUCGGAUGCAGCUACACCUCCCACUCAGAAUUUCUCUAGUGGUAUCGUCUUGACUAAGGAACAACUUAAGAAUACUUUGAUCGAUUUGCUACAGAAUGACGAUAAAUUCUUGGAGACUAUAAAUGCUGCUUACUUAAGGCAUUUAGCAAGGGACUAA